UUGAGGGUUUCACUUCAAUUUUUCUUCAGUACAAGGAGAAAAAAUGAGUUCAAGUGGAACUAAUGAAGAUCCUUAUCGGUGGAUAUUGAAUGGAGAUGUUGAGAAGAACACCACAUGGAAAUUUGGAGCGCCGCCUAACUAUGAAGCUGUUAACAAGCUUUUUGAACAAGGAAGAACUAAGAUUUGGCCUCCCGGAUCUCUAGAAGAAGAGGUGCAAAACUUGGUGAAGAGUUGGGAAGUGGAAAAUAUCAACAAAGUAAUACCUGAGGACUUCAAAAUAAUGGAUCCCAACAAAGUAACUUUCAGUCUAAAUGGAAGGAAGCCCAUCACCUUGGAGGAGAAAAGAAAGUUAGGAGGAGGGUAUAAUGCUUCACUUCAAACUUCUCUUCCUGCAGAGUACAGAUUGUACGACCCGAAACAAGAAACAGCAGAGACAUCUAAUAAACUUUUCACCUCAACUUUUCCACGUGGGUUUGCUCUUGAGAUCGUUCAGGUUUACACGGGGCCACCGCUGAUUGUGUACAAGUUCAGGCAUUGGGCAUACAUGGAGGGUCCUUACAAAGGGCAUGCUCCUACAGGUGAAUUGAUUGAGUUGUAUGGCAUUGGGAUCUUUGAGUUGGAUGAGAAUAAGAAGAUCGUGAAGGUGGAGCAAUUUUAUGAUCCUGCACAGUUGCUUGGACCUCUUGUGAAGGGUCCUAAGCUGGAUGAUUCUGCUGAGAAAGGGAAGGAACUCUCGAGCUGUCCAAUGCUACAAAAUUUGGGAUAAUGGAGAAAACCCUUUGAAUGAACUCUUGCAUCUAUGUUGUAAUGGCCAAUAUAUCCAUUAACUGUUCCAUUGCUAAGGCUUUAACCAAAAAUAAAAUGACAUGCAUGACAAAGUAAGGUUUCAAGUGCAUUUAUAUUGUUAUUUUCCCACAGCAAUGUAUCAAAUCAAAUUUCUUCCAAUGAUAGUGUCACUUAUUAUGCCAGA